GUGAUGGGGAACAACGUGCUCUGUGUGUACAUGCAGGCAGCGGAUAAGACAACAAGCCACUCGCACUUCAUCACAGAACAUCACGGAGGACGCCGGCGCUCCAAAUCACUUCAUCCACUUUUGGAACAGACUGGUGACAGAAGGGACGACCUGUUAAGGAUUUCAAAGCAAAACCGCUUCUGACAUGCACUUUGAUAAGCCGCCAAAAGAGAAGCAGUGUUGCAGUCUGCCCACCGUGAAGAAACUCUUGGAGCGGAAGAGAAGACGCGAGACAUCGUCUGGUCAACCCUCCUGCCCCACGGCCAUCUCAAGUCCUCCUCUUCCUCCUCCUCCGACUACUGUCACGCAGUCACCUUCAGCGGAACAGUUUACCUGCACAGGCGCAUCGAGCAGCUACUCAGACAUGGCAGUGAGCUAUAAGCAGUGGACUCCAGCAGCAGAGUUGACCGCCGGUUACUACCACAACCAUCCAGACACCAGCUACGAUGCAGCCUACAGCAUCCCAAUGACAUCUGAAUACGGCACACAGCAGCACGUCUCGGGAUAUGAAGACACAAUGUCUCUAACAUACGGGAGCCCGAUGACUGCAGUUGCAGAUCCCGGCAUGGCGGCGGCUUGGUCCCAUUUGGGUUCCAAUCCGACCACACAGCUGAGUUUUGGGUCGCCAAUGGACGCCACUAAGCUGGAAGAGGCCAGGAUGCUGCUGAGCGGGAUGGACCCGAGCAGAGCGACUGGGCAGGAUGAAGAUGGAGACACCAUCCUGCACAUCUACACGGCCAAAGGGCUCAGGGAGUGCGCCUAUGCUGCUGCAGAGAGGUUGAGGGAUGCAGGUGAGCUGGAUGCUAAAGAGCACAAGGGAAAGACUGCUUUACUGGUGGCAGUGACAGCAAACCAACCUGAGAUUGUGCAAGAUCUUCUCUCCUUUGGCGCAGACAUCAAUGCCAGCGACGUCAAAGGACAAACGGCCCUUCAUCUGGCUGUCCACUAUGGUCUACCUGGGGUUCUUCAGGUAAUUCUGUCCAGCAGGCCGUCUGUCAACCUGGAGGCCCGCAAUUUUGAGGGUAUGACUCCUCUGCACUGUGCAGCCAUUUCUCACAGUGUCACCGUGAAGGCCUUGUCCAACUGUGCUCUGGCAGAUGUUGGUCUUCACACCAAGGCUGCGGAGAAGCUGUCCUGUGUGCAGAUGCUUCUCAGUGCCGGCGCGUCCCUACUCAGCCAGGAAAUCAAAAGUAACAAGACUGUGCUGCACUUGGCAGUAAAGGAGGGGAACAUCGAUCUGGUGAAUUACCUGCUGAUGAUUCCCAUGCAGAACGUGAAAGACUUUGUCAACUUGAAAGCGCAUGGUCACACUGCUUUGCACAUGGCAGCUGGUCUCCAUGGUAACCCCCACCAGGAGGAGAUACUGCAGCUGCUUCUGCGCAGAGGAGCCGACCCCAGUAUCCGCAACCUGGAGAAUGACCAGCCAGCUCACCUGCUGCAGAGCGGCCUCCAGGGAGACAAGCUCAAGCUCAUGCUGAAGAAACGAAGUGCUUCCUCUCGUCGACGUAUCGUGUCCUUGCAGGAGCAAGAAUGAAAGGAAAAUCCCCACUUGUUGGGAUUUACAGUAUUUUGUUAUGUUGCUUCGGGAAUCUCUGGCUUCUAUAGUAUCUCUUUAGAAAUAAUUUCCAUUAGAUGAGACAAAUUAUGCUUGAAUGCUUUACCUGCAAUUUAGUGCAUGUAAAAGGUGUAUAUUUAUUUAUCUUAUUGUUUAUGUGUAGGGAGAGGAUUUCAUUUCCAAAAAAAUCUAUGAGAAAAGAAAUUUUAAUUAAUUUUUGUCAAAACAGGCAUUUAACCUUUUAAAAUGAACCCCUUCAAACAAGAAAAUGAAGAGAUUCCACAGUGCAGAAUAGUAUUCCUUUUCCUAACAGGCUAAAGUUUAAAGUUGAUUUCUAUGAAAUCGUUUGUUUGACCAACAUUACUAUGUCCAUGUUAAAAAUGGCUAUAAAUGAAAAGGAGGUAUAACCUUUCAGUCUGUAUGCAUCAUACUUACAUGAGUAACAUCAAGUAAAAUUUUUCUUUGUGGAAAAAGAACCUUGACUAUAUGUAAAACAAUUAAGUAUUGAUAUGGUUGUGACAAAGAAUGUAUCACCUCACGUGAGUAAGUGUGGUGACAAACUGUCUGACUAACUACAUUAUAGCGAUGAGUCAUGAAGAAAAGUACAGAAAGACUCGUAUAUAAAGCUCCAUCAAAAUGUUUUGAUGCUCAUGGGGGCUUUUCAAUAGUCCCACUUACUUUAUUUAAAUACAUUUGCACCAUCCCACCAGAAAGAGAUAAUGUCCGCAGGAUUUAAGUGUCACCUGAGGUUUCUUCCUUUGUAAUUAACCAUAGUCAGAGGGGACAUGAGGUGGGGUUUUUGGUGGUAAUUUGAGUGAUUUAUUUGGUUUCAAUCUGCCUCUCACAUAUGAGUCGUUUUCUCAAGAAGUUGUAAUUCUUGUAAAACACACAGUGAAGAUCAAUCUAAUAAUAGCAACCUAAUAAUUAUAUUACACAUGUUAAGAUUGUUAAAGAAGACACUGAUAAAAUCAUCUU